GAAGGGUAACACGAUUUCACCUUCAACGAAGAAGGAACAUGAACCUCCUCCUUCUUGUGAUUCUCUGUUUCAUCUCCUUCUACACUCCAACAACUGCUGGCAAUGGAAGCAAAACAGAAGAAAGGGUGAUUCAAACAAAAGGUGCCCAUGAUUCUGUGCUUUGGGUGGUUCAAUUCUCCGACCUCCAUUUCAGUGUUCACCAUCCUGACAGAGCCAUCGAUUUCCAUGACCUCGUGGGACCCGCACUUUCCUUCAUCAACCCCUCCUUGGUCCUCAUCACUGGUGAUCUUACUGAUGGAAAAAGCAAGGACUUAUUAACAAUGAAGCAAAAUGAGGAUGAGUGGAUGGAAUACAAGACUGUGAUGGACAGUGUUAUUCAGAGGAGUGGGAUUGACAAGAACUUGUUCUUUGACCUGAGAGGCAAUCAUGAUAAUUUCGGUGUACCGGAUGUUGGAGGUUCGUUCGAUUUCUUUUCUAAGCUCAGCAUCAAUGGACAGUUGGGCAGGACUGGGAGUGUCAAUAGUGUUACCCUUGAGACGCCAGAGCGGAAACAUCUCUUUGUUGGGUUAGACACCACAAUGUUGACUGGCUUACGAGGUCCAACCAAUCUUUUUGGGCAUCCCACAGACCAAUUACUAAGUGAUCUAGACUUGGAACUCUCACGCUGGGAUUCUCAGUCAGAAAAACCUGUUACCAAAAUCGCCUUUGGGCAUUUUCCACUCUCAUUUUCCGCACCCUCUGGUUCUGGAAGGACGUUGGAAGAUGUUUUCCUAAAGCAUUCCAUCUCAGCUUACCUGUGUGGGCAUCUCCAUAUCAAAUUUGGUAAGAACUUAAAGCGACACCAUCUGUUGGGUAAUCAGUUUCUACCUUUCCAGAAGCUGUUUCAGACUAACAUGCAUCGGAGCUCUUUUGGAAGUACUGUAAAUUGUUCAUCAGAAGUUCCACCAAUUCAGGAGUUUUGGGAGUGGGAGAUGGGUGAUUGGAGAUGGAAUAGAGCCAUGCGAAUUUUAGCCAUUGAUAGAGGCCAUGUUUCAUUCGUUGAUCUCAAUUUCAAGUCAGGAGCCAAAGAUGUGAUUAUAUUACCCACUUUUCCUUUAGACUCUCGUUUCAUGUUGACAUCAUUAUCCCAUCACAACUAUGAAUGUCGAAAUGUGGCCCUUUCGUCUUAUGAGACAAUUAGAUCUCUGGUGUUUUCUGAUUCUCCAAUGGUGUCUGUUAUGGCUAGGGUCUAUGAUUUGCAAUCUGGAAGUCUUGUUUUAGUGGCAGAAGCGAAAAUGAAUAAGCAUGCUGACGAGGCUUCCAGGGAGAGCCUCUAUGUUGCUCCAUGGAAUUACAAAGCCUAUGAGGAUGCUUCUCCUGAUAGGUAUUGGCUUCAAAUUGAAGCAAAAGACAACAUGGGCAGAUCAACUUUAAGUGAAUUAAGGCCAUUUUCCAUUAAUGGUCACAAUUUCGAGUUUUCUUGGAGCUGGAAGGAGUUUUUGGUCAUGGGAUGUCAAUGGGCUGCACUAUAUUUCCCGUUAUUCUGGUCUGCUCUUUAUGCUAUGUUCUUCAUUCUUCUUCUUCCAAAAGCUCUUCUUGUUUUUCCAAAGAAGAUAUACACUUACAAGAACUUCCUCACCAAUAAAGGGCUCAUAAGUGGUGUUUUAUGGAUUCUCCAAGAGCUCUGUAGGGUUCACACGUUGUGGUUCAGUUGGGUAGGAUACCUAUUCUAUCUUAUAUUGUUUCCCUGGUUUAUGGGGUAUAUUUUUACCGAAGCUAAAAGGAAAGGAUACAUGACCUUUAGAGGCUGGGUUAUUGAGACUUCUGAUAGAAAGGGGCAGCAUGAGUAUGUUGGAUUUCCGGAUAUCAUGGUGGUGGUUCUUCCCCAUCUAUUAUUCGUGGUUUUGCCUGCAAUUUUAGUGACAAGUGCACUGACGGCUGAAAGAGCGAUUUACCGGGAGCACAUGUUAGAGUCUUCGGGGAAGAAAAAAGAUGAUAUUGAUUUGAACAGUAGAAGAUGCAACCGACGGACUCGGAAGCUUCUAUUUGUGGUGUGCUUGGUGAUUUGUAUGAAGCAUUUUAUGAAUUGCAGAACUCUGACAAAAGCUUAUGACAUGAACCCUGUGCUCCAUUUCCUGGGGUAUGGUGUUUCGAUCCCAUUGUUGUUGGCAUACGCUAUCGGCAAAACAAGAAGUGCUUAACAACACUGGUUGGAAGGGUUCACUAGUACUCACUAUUUACUCUCCUUGACAAAGCUUUCUUUGAAUGAUCCUAACUAUAGAUUUAUUUUUGUGAGGUCACCACAGUCAAAAAAUUGGUUGAAACUUGAGGGUUCGACUAAUAUAUACACUUCUUUAGAAUUGAAGUCAUCAAAGAGAUCAUGUAAUACCAGUCACAACCACUUGUUCCUGAGAAUGCCCAAAGCAGAGUCUAGGGCUCUGCAGUUCUGCAUGUGUUAUGUUCAUAUGUUGUUGGAUUGGUUAAAGAGAUAUCCAACAAGGUUACUUACUGUUACUACUUGUAUUUGAGCUGACUGAGUUAGGCAUCUAAGCCUAUUGAAUCAUAAGAAUUUGAAAUUGUAAUGUGAUC